CCUCCUCCUCCCCCUGCUCCUCCACCUAUUCCUCCUCCAAUUCCUCCAGUACCUGAUCCUCCUCCAACUCCUCCGCCACCAGAUCCACCUCCUGGUCCAAAUCCAGUUCCUCCCCCAAUUCCUCCAAUACCGGAUCCUCCUCCAAUUCCUCCGCCACCAGAUCCACCUCCUGGUCCAAAUCCGAUUCCUCCUCCAUUUCCUCCACCACCGGAUCCACCUCCUGGUAUGAUUCCUCCACCUCCUGGUGUUGUUCCUCCUCCUCCUGGUAUUACUCCUGGUCUUAUUGUUAUUGUUCCUCCGCUUUCUCCAGCACCAUGUCUACCUCUUGGCAAUCCACCUGAUUCUCCACCAUGUCUAAUUAUUACAGUUCCUCCGUUUCCUCCUGUACCGGAUCCACCUCCUGGUAUUGCUCCUUGUCCACCACCUGGCAUUCCUCCACCUCCUGGUCUAACUAUUACGCCUCCUCCAUUUCCGCCUCCUCCUGGUCUAACUAUCAUGCCUCCUCCUCCAUUUCCGCCUCCUCCUGGUACUACUGGUCUUACUCCUGGUGUUACUGGUCUAACUGGUGUUGCUGGUCUUACUCCUGGUGCAACGGGUCUGGGUACCGGUGUUACUAUUUUGGGCGGUAUAAUUGGUCUUGGUACAGGACGUCCUCCAACGGGUCUUGGGAGAGGGACAGAACCUCUGAAAAAAUUGGCCUCUCUCCAUUGA